AUGAACAAGAUUAGUAAUUUUAAAAUAAUAACGAAUUUGUUGCUAAUAUUAUUUUUUUUUAAGAUUAAAGUUUUUGAAUCUAUUGAAAUUGAAGGUAUACAGCUGAUAGGGAAAAAAAACAAUGGAAUUACGUCAUUCUAUAAUAUUCGAUAUGGAGUUGCAAACCGGUUCCAGCCAGCAAAGUUAUUAUCAAUUACUGAAGCUGCAAUAAUGGACGAGGAUAGAACAUCAAAAAUUCCAAAAAGCUAUGAUUUAUCAACAAAUAAAGGUUCCGCCUGCCCACAGGAUUGUUCAGAUACUCAGCAAACAAGUCAAAAAACCUUUUUAUGUAGAGGAACAGAACCAGAAACUCAAUCUGAGGCAUGCUUAACCUUAAAUAUAUUCACCUCAACUACUCAAAUAGAGGAGAUAUUUAACCAGUUUUCUACUGUUACAAAGCAUGUUUCUUCUAAUAAUACACAAAUUAAUAUGCUUUCAAAUGUAAAUAAUACAUUAAUGAAUAAUCUUAAUAAACAAAAAUCCUCCAUAUCUUCAAUUGUACAAUCUAAUAUGUCCCAGUUAAAACCUGUUUAUGUUUAUAUCCACGGUGGAUUAUACUUAAUUGGAUCCUCCAAUUCCGAAACUAACUUUGGAGAAAAGCUUGCAGAAUCUGGAGCUAUUAUUGUUACAAUUAAUUAUAGAAUUGGAAUUCUUGGGUGGUUAAGAGCAAAAAACCUUUCAUCUGGAAAUAUGGGAUUUCUUGAUCAAAGACUAGCUCUCGAAUGGAUUAACAAGUACAUUAUUUACUUUGGAGGUGAUCCCACUCGAGUUGUUUUAUCAGGACACAGUGCAGGAGCUAAAUCUGUAUUAUGUCAUUCAGUUACUAAAGAAAGUAAUAAGUAUUUUUCAGGUGUAAUCAUCCACUCUGGAGCUCUUUCUCAAAAUGAAACAAAUCUUAAAGAAGCAGAAUCUAUGGGCGAAAUGGCAGAAAAUAUUGCAUCUGAAAAAUGUAUGGCAACAAUAUUGAGCUGUACGACAAAGCAGUUAUUGGAGAUUCAAAAAGAGGUUAGAACACAGAUUGUAAGAUCUAAUCCAUCCAAAGCUCUUCAUUCAUGGUCACCAAUAGUUGAUGGUUUUAUCAUUAAAGAUUCUUGUAGAAAUCUUGCAUUAUCUGGAUCUAUUCCUCAAAAUAUGAAUGUCAUCAUCAGUACGACCAAUUCAGAAGGAGUUCAAUUCUUUAGGUCUUUUAUUGCCUAUUUACCAGCCAUUUCAAGAAGUCUUGCAACCAGCAACUUUGCUUUCAGGUAUCUAGUUUCAAGAGUAUUUGGUCCAAAAGCAGGAGAGGCUAUGAAAAUAUAUAGUAACAAUAACUUUGCAAAUUCUGUUUCAGUAGCUUCUAGUUACGAUAAUACUGAUAAUAACUUUGAAUGGCAAAACAUAACCAAAAUAACAAGUGAUUAUUCUUCCAACGAUAAUAAUGAAACAAUAUCAUCUAACCUAGAAACAAAAUCACUUGAAAUUCAAAAAGAAGCUAGUGAAAGUAUGACUGAGUCAAAAAAUGAUAUUAUUAAGAGUGGAGAUAAAGAAAAUAACCAGAUUGUUUCUAGCUCUGGGUUUAACUUAUUUCAGGUUGGAAAAAAUAGAGAUGAUGAAAAGUGGAAUGGUAUAAUUGACGAUCCAGUAGCUUUAGCAUAUGCAAGAAUGAUUGGAGAUUUUAUCUAUAGUUGUCCAGCAAGGAUGUUUAUUAAAAAGCUAUCCUCAUAUAAUCCUAAUGUAUAUGGUUACUUUAUUAAUAGUGGUUUUAAAUGGACUGAAGGAUUAAAGAAAGGGUACGAAAUUAAUAGUAAUUCUUUUAUUUCUGAAAUAUUUCAAGCUCCCAAGUUUUCAUUAAGAAACACUCCAAAAGGAGUAGUAUGCCAAAACGACGAUGUUGCCUGUAAAACCUUUGUAUAUGAUUGUAGUGAUGCCAGAUUAGUAUGUCAUAUAGAAGAUAUUAUUUGGUUAUUCCAUACUUUUCCAAAUAAACCGAAUGAUAAUAUUGAUAAAGUUUUUGUUCAAGAACAGAAUUUUGCUUCAAAGUUUUUCUCCCAUUUAAUUCAGAAAUCUUUGGGAGAAACUGAGUCUUUAUUAAAAAAACAGCAGCAAAUUUUUAGAAAGUCCUUUUCAGAACCAAUUGAAAUUUUCUCAGAACUUAAUUUUUGGAAUCCAUUCUCUAAUGGAGGUAAAAUACUUCAGAUUAGUAGUAACAGAACCGAAUUGAUUUCUGAUUUUAAAUCAAAAGAAUGUGAGCUUUGGGAAUGGAGGAAUAGUGACUUAUCAAUGACUUUCCACCAGCUUAUCGAUUCAAAGACAAUCCCACAAAUAAAGAGUAAUGCUGAAAGCAAUACUUUCACAGGUAUCACUGAAAAUAAUGAGAAUGAAAAUAUAAAUCUAAACAUUAAUCUAAUAGAUGAAAAUAUUGAAAGUCUCAGUAACAACCCUACAGAUAAUCAGUUUAAUCAAAUCUCAAUCUUAAAUCAAAAUGAUACAGAAAAAGAUACUUUGGAUAAUCCCAAUGCUAAUAGUAAUGAAUCUCAAUGA